GCGCGCUCGCUUCACUACACGACCGACUGGAUAUUGUGAAUCGUGUUUGUUUUAUUCGAUAAUCGUUUUUAAUGUUAAUCGAUUCAUUCGAUUCAUUCGAAUUACGUGUUAUCAAUGUUGUGAUUUAUUGUGUUAUGUUAUUAAAUCAGUGAUGUUUGUUUGAAACGAUUGCGAGUUCCGGCUGUCCACAGGAUUUUCAUUCUAGAAAAACAACUUGGAGUUUAUCCAAUGUAUAUGAGUGUUAUACGUAAAUAGCAUCCAUAUUUUUUCGUGCAACUAAAUCUUAAAUGACGGUUGUAACAUCACAAGACAUAGCAACGGACACCCAUAUCAAUGACACCCAAGUUAUGGACAGUGCUCAUAGACGAGAGUGUUCGUUUUAAUUUGGUGAAAUCGAAUUGUCAAAUGUUACGCGAAUGUGAUUGUGCUGAAAAUGGCGAAAGAACGGAAUUCGUGUGUGCUGAUCACAGUGCUAGUGUUACAGACGUUAAUACAUUCGAGUUUGGAGAUAAUAGAUUCAUAUGUGAUACAAGUAUGGGCGGCACCUGGCAGCAUGACACGUUUGCCGUGCGACCUGUUCGCUCCAGUGCGGGAUGUAGCCAUGAUGCUUCUAUUCAAAGAUGGCGACCGAAUGCCUAUAUACACAGUGGACUUCAGAAACGGUCCUCCAGUCCACUGGGCGGUUGCGGGCGAGUUCGGAGCUCGCACUCACUUUGUGCUCAACGAGUCUGAUCCAUCGUCAGCUCACCUGGCCAUUGAUAAAGUGGCGAGGCAAGACGAUGGCCUGUACAGGUGCAGGAUCGACUAUGUUGACUCACCCACCCGGAAUUACCGGGUUAAUUUAACUGUGAUAGUACCACCAGAACCAGCUCGGAUAUAUGACUCCGAGGGGCGAGAAAUCCUCGGGUCGAUGGCUGGACCGUUUAGAGAGGGACAGGAUUUACUGCUCUCCUGUCAAGCUGUCGGAGGAAAACCACCACCGGACGUGUCAUGGUACCGUGGUGAGGAGCAGCUAGCCAUAACAAAGGAGGGUUCUGUUUGCCAACUCCACCUUCAGCGGCUAUCUAGAGAGAUGGCUAACACUAAACUGCAGUGUAGAGUGAAGCCACCGCUACUGCAGUCUCAAUUUAGAAAUGUUACGCUUAAAUUAUACUUAAAACCACAAUUUAUACGUGUAAGCGGGAAAGGAGCGACACGUGCUGGUCAAGAUAGAUCCUUCACGUGUACGACACAAGGUUCAAAACCGGCUCCGAACAUAGACUGGUUCAUCAACUCACAAAGAGUCGAUUCUACUUUAACAGAGGUGGACGUAGAUGGUGAAGUAACGAAGAGUACUCUAACCUGGCAUGUGAGAAGGGAAGACAGCGGGCGUCAGUUGGUCUGCAGAGUCUCCAACCCUUGGUUUCCAGCUUAUACCCUCGAGGAUUCAAUUACUUUCGAUGUUAUGUAUCCCCCCGUAGCUCAAAUAUCUCUUGUGGACCCGAAAGAACCACGUAUGCUUAGAGAGGAUGAAAACGCUGAACUGUCGUGUUCAGCGGAUGCUUCCCCACCUGCUACUAAUUUUACUUUCUACAAAGGAGCAGAGGUGCAUGUAAUUCGAGACGAUCCCAUCAAUGGGGUUUCCGUUGAGAGGAACAAGCUGCUUCUACGAGGCCUGAGGAGACACCACUCUGCAUUAUACAGAUGUAGAGCGAGAAAUACUGAGGGAAGCGCAUUAAGUGAACCUCUGACAUUGAAUGUACUUUCUCGUCCAGAAUGUGCUGCUGGGAGCGUCAUCCAACAACUGGCAGCCACUCCUGGGGGGGAGGUAAGGGCUCGGUGCUCAGUUACUGCCCCUUCCUCAUGGGAUGCCGGACCUUUGCGGUUUUACUGGACUUACAAUGGCACUAAAGAUGUUUUACCGAUACCUGCAUCUAACGUAACAGUCAUGGGUGGGAGCAGUACAGUAAUCCAUGGUUUACCAGAAGAUAACGAAGAAGACCUCGGCUGGCUUGCUUGCUGGGCGAGCAAUGACGUAGGAAAUCAAAGGGAGCCAUGUCUUUUCAGAAUAGUACCUGCAGCUCUCCCAGAACCUCCGAGCAACUGCGAAAUUGAGAAUGACAUACUCCAAUGCGAGCCCGGUCACGAUGGCGGCCUCACACAACGAUUUCUGCUUGAAGCCCUGGAGGUACGGCCUCGUCAAGACGUGGCCCACGAAGACAAUGAGAUAUCCACUAUGAACGAUCAGGGUAUCUCUGGCCGUGGCUUAUCAGAGGCUGUAUAUCGAGUGAGAAAUGAUAGGCCGCAGUUUUCACUCGAUGCUUUGUCACCGGGACGUUAUACAUUACUGGUUUACUCAGAAACACCAAGAGGGCGCUCACCAAAACCAGCAGCAUUGCAUAGCGUUGCAAUAAAGUCUUCCAAUGAUUUGGAUAUACCUGGUUCACUGCAAACUAUGACACCGGCACCGCCUCCUCCCACUGCAGACAACAGCGUGGCUCUACUAACUGGAGCUGUCUUGUCACUAAUUUUGUUAACGAUUUUAACGACAUUGUGUGUAGCACUAGUUGUUAUGUGCAAAAAGAAGAGACCUAGACGCGAUCCUGAACAGAGUACGAUCCUGCGUAGAAAUGUCGGUGUAUCAAUGUAUGGUGGUUCAUCUAUAGGUCAAACUGUUCCUACUGUAGUUGUAAGAGGUCACAGAGGUUCCAGAGUGCUGGCCGCGAGGUGGUCCGGUGUAUUGGAUGAUGCCCCAUUAACAGUUCUUGCUUUAGAUACUAGACCACAUGAAGAAGCUGAAUCGAGCAACAGUGAUGCUGAACAAGAAACUGUACUGACUAGGCACGAUGACAACGAAACUCAAACAGAUUCAUAAUAUAAGAAAAUACGCGAAUUUUCCGAAUUAUGUAUAAAACCAGAAAUUAAAUUUAUAUAUGAGUAAUUUUAAUAUGAUUUUAAAAACGUAUAUGUUAAUUUUAAAGAUUGAUGAAUGUGGAAGAAGCGAAAGAGGUUUGUUUGAAUCGAAGCAUUUGGCGUUCCAUUGUUUCUGCCUACCCUAAUGGGAGACAGGCGUGACAGAUAUGUAUAUAUGUUAUUUUUUUACCCAUUUAUAUGUAACUUCGGACAUCGGGUAUUUAGUGAACUAUGUUUGUUGUCAUAGUAAAUUAUUUAAAUUCCGGAUGUCUAGUUUUAUAUAAAUUUUAAUAUUCUUAUGGAGAGUGAGAAUGUACAUAGGUUCAUUGGGAUAGUUUAUGGUGAUAAGUAAUAGUUUUUUUUUCUUUACUUUGUUUAUAUUUCCUUUUACUAAAAUUAAAGCUAAAUUAUAGAAAAUUAUGGAUGAAACAAUUAUUGUGGAGAAUUUAUGAAUGUAAUUCGUUAUAUUUAUAUAUAUUUUUUUUUAAGUUUUUAUUUUUCCCUGUUCUUUUACUGAGAUGUAAUUUUUUUUUCCAUAUUAUUUAUAAGUAUAAUAACAAUGUAGUAUAGAUAAUAUCAUUUUCCAUUGUUGUGAUUUUUUAAUAUUCUUUGUAAUUUAUUAUUUUAUACUGAUUUAGAAGGUGAUAAUGAUUGGUAUUGAUUUAUAUCAAAUGAUCUUUUAAUAUGUAUGACGUAGUCUAAUAGCUCUAAAAAAAAAGUAUUGCAUAAAAUAUUUAAAGUAUUCUUCAGAGAGUUUAUUUCUUAAAAGUAUUCUUCAUAAAAAGUAUUUAUGCAAAUGAUUGGAAAUUUAAAAAGUAACCAAAGUAUUUAAGAGAAGAAUUUAAACUGUUCGAUAAUAAUUUUUGUGAGUCGUACUAUCUUUUAUUUAUAUUGGCUUUACUCAGCAAUAGAUAGCAACAGCGCGCUGGUGGCCCUGUGCUGUUCGCGAUAAUGCCGUGAACCGCGCUCAUGAAUAAGGGUUCCUAUUGAGUUCGAAAAUUGUCCGGCGUGUCCGAAUUAAAAAUGCAAGUAAAGCCGACAUAAAUAAUUAUAAUUUAAACUAUUUUUAAUUUUAUAAAUUGCUGUAAAAGUUUAAUACGGUAAUUAUAUAAAUAAAAUUAACAUGCAAAUAUCAAUGUUAGGUAUUUGUAUUAGAUAAUGCCAGUAUAAGAGAAUGAGUGUUGAUUGUAUAAACUUGUAUAAAAGUGAUUCUGACUGAGUGUAUAAUAAAUUAUAUUAGUGAUUUAGUUAUAUAACUUUAUAUAGAGAAAGGUAAGGUUUAAGUUUUUUACUUAGUGUCCACCGCGAAUCAGAAAUGUAUUAUAGCUUUAUAUAGAAUCUGCUUAGUAUUACUAAUAGACCUAGGUAACUUACACCACAAGAACCUCAAUCAAAAAUGUAAGAUUUUUAUCUCCCUUAUACAAACACACAGAAGCCUUGAUUGAUGAAUGUGGAGGAAGCGAAAUGGUCUUUUCGGGCAUUUUCGGUUUUUUGAUGGCUUUUUACUGUUUCUGCCUACCCUAAUUGGAGACAAGUAUGAUGGGUAUGUUUAUAAAAGCCUCACAGGUCAGUGAAAUCAUUGGCAUUCAAAACUGAGUGAGAAAAUAAAUGUAAAAGAUAUGACCUCGGUAGGAGAAUCAAAAGAUCUUUUUACAUUAGGGCUAAAAAUAAAUUUUAACUUCAAAAUCUUAGAAUAUUCAACACCUAGAUCAAUAAAAUAAUUAGAAAUAUGAUUAAAAUGGGAAAAAUAUAUUCCAAUAAUGAAAAAAUACAGUGAUUAAAAAAUUUCAACCUGCGUCUUCUAUACCAUGCUGGUACCAGUGCUAUAAUUAUAUUAACUUGAAUUUAGUAAAUUUUACUUAGAAUAAGUUGUGAAAUUUAGACCCUUCGUGAGAGUACGCCCUCCUACAAACUUAUCACAAACUUUUUUCGUUUGAAAAUAAGACGUAGAAAUGAAAUAUAAUGAAAUGAAAUAUAAUGAAAUGAAAUUAAAUGUAAUGAAAUUAAAUGAAAUGAAAAUAAAUGAAACAAAAUGAAAUAUUUAUUUGUUUUAAACAGACAUUUAACAUAAUAAAAUGUGACAGAACUUUUUGGCAUUGAACUGUUUAAUUGCAUUAAAAUUGUAGACAUGCAAAUUUAGGCAUGCAGUCUAGAAUUGAUUGAUUAAAGAACUAUAAUAGUAAUAAGAUAUUAAUAAUAGCUUAUUUUUAGUAUUACAUAAAUAUUUUUUUCCUAAUAUAGUUACAAAUUAUACGGGUAUUAAGUAUGUAGAUUUAGUUUUACCAACAAUUCAAUAUCUAUCUCACCGAUAUUUUGUAAGUAUUUAUGCAUACUAAAUGCUUAGUUGGUAUCAGAAAUGUGGACGUAUUUCGACCGAUAUUGUGUUUACCUUAAUACCGAUUCACACUGGUCAGUGCGGAUUCAUGAGAAUUUGUGUCAUAUUGAUAAAUACCUUAAUAUAUUAUUGGCACUUUAUUUUUUAUUUAGCACCCACUUAGCACACAUCAUCUAUGGAGAAAAAUAAAUAAAUAGACACAUUCUACUUUAUAUCAGAGACUAUCGUUCCCCGCGACUUUGUUCGCGUAAUGGGAAUAUGAUCACUGAUUGGGAUGAAAAGUGUAAUGAAAAGUAAAGCUUAUAUCCAUCAUCGUUCUAUAUAGUACGUAUAUACCAAAUUUCACAGUGAUUGGUUAAAUCCCUAACGACUUAACAAGGCGCUACGUGUUAACAAACUCAAUUUCACAAUUAUAAUAUUAGUAAGGACUUAUUGGCAACUAGUGGAACUAGUGUAGGAACUAGUGAAGAAUAACGAAUUAAUUUAAUCGAUUUAUUGUAAAUGUAGUACGGCCAGUGAGGAAAUAUAAAAAAUAAUCUAAACAAGCAAUUCAUGUUGAACACAGAAAGAGUCACCACUGACGUUGAAAUCUACGACACUGAUUGUCAUGUAUUAUCUCUGAUGAGUGUGAAUAGUACUCAUAUUAUUUUGUUAUGCAUAUUAUUGGGACAAUUAUUUUAAUAUAUAUAAUAGAUAUAUUUUUUUAAUAUUAUAAUAACGAAUGAAGGUACAACAAUUUCCUAUGUUCACGUAUUAAUUAUAUAGAUACUUAAUUUAUUAAUCAAUUGGCUAUAUAAGGUUAUUGAAUAUUUUAAAUUUAAUACGUAUUUGGUAUUAAAUUUGAAAGUAUCCUUUUUAUAUGUAAGAUACGUGUGUCUAAAUAUAAUUCCCAAUACUUUAUGCAGUAUUUUUAAUUAAAUGAAAUGAUGUUUAUUUGUCAGUCUUAGUAAUUAACGAUAAUGGCCACGUAGUGUUAAAUUUGGCACCAUAUAGGUAAUAUAUAUAUAUAUUACAAAAAUAUAUAAAAUUAAAUUAGUAUUAAUAUUAUUAAAUAAUUUAAUAUAAAUAAUCAUUUAUAUUAUAAUGUAAAAUAGCUCACGGAAUGUUGUCACUUCAUUGUAAAGAGCAAAUUCAGUGUAGGGUUGAGUGAUAUCUUAAUAUUUAAGUAACAAUAUCUAUGGUAUGUACUGGUCCAAAAAGAAAUAUGUUAAAAUUCUGCUAUAUAAAUAAUAAUAUUGGAUUACAGACUUAACAUAUUCAUAAAUAGAUAUCCAACCGAUAUGGGCGAUAUUGAAAUUGGUGAUGAAUUUUUUUUUUCAUCGUCAAUGUCCAAAGGAACCUAAUAUAUAGGUAUCCAUAUUACCAAUACCAAAUUCAGCGUAUGUAAUAUAUAUUAUUAUAUGUUUCUAUUAAUUUCGCUUAUCAUUUAAUAUUUAUUUAAUUCUACAUAGAUAUCUAUGUUUAAAGUUUCAAUUUUUUAUGGGAAUUCGUAUAUGGUAUACCCUUGUAUUUAUUAUGAUUUGAUCUAUUUAAAAAUCUGGAAACUUAUUUUUCAUUUAAAAUUGGUAAUGAAAAUACAAUAUUUAAAACAAUUUAGUGGCAAUUUUUUUUUUGUAUUAAACUUUAAUACACCUAGAUAGUGUAAAUGGCGGAUUUAACACCAUAUGGCGUUAUCUAGCAGUCGACCGUAGACAGAAAUAACAGAAAAUAUAAUUAACGAUACAACCGGAUGAGAAAACAAAUAGAAAAACAAAAAAAAAACAAUAUAGGGUAUUUACACAUCAUGUAAAUAUAUAUAUGUAUAUUUGUAUAAAAAAUGUUAACCCUUCUUUGCAUGAUUUUUUUUUUAUUGGUAAAAUAAAUCUAUGUGAUAUAAUUCAUGUUUAAAAUUAAAGGAAAAGUGGUUAAAAAAUAAAUUUGACAGCUAUAUUUUUUUUCUGCAAUGGACAUUAAAAAGGUAUCCAGACACGAUCAACUUAAAGUGAACUUGUUCUUUUAUAUAAUUUUUGGGCAUUCAAUGUAUAAUGAUGGAAAUUUCCACCAUUAUGCGAAGAAGGGUUAAUAAUGUAUUUAAAAAAAUGUGUUUUUAUUUUUAAUGUUCUUUGAUCAUAAGUAGCUAUGAACAAUUGCGACAGGAUUUUAUUGACUGAAUCUAUUAGCAAUAAUUUUAAACUUUCGAAUUGUUUACACAUAGUUUAAAUUACUAUCGGGACUUAAAAACAAUAAAAAAUUUGCAAGUAUUACCUACAUACCUGCUUUUUUAUCACCGACGUUUCGACGUGGAUUGCACCAUGUCGUGGUCACGACAGGACUGAAGUGAGCGGUGUCUGAAGUAACUUUGUACACCUUAACAGUAAAAAAAAAUUUUUUUGAUCCCAAAUUGUUUUAAAUAUUGUAUUGUAAAUUGUAUUGUAAAUUGAUAUCAUAAUUUUACAGAGUAUACAAAAAUACGUGAUUAAUAUAAUAGACAGGCAAUAGAGUUCAAAAUUAUAUAAAAUUCUAUUUACCUAAUAAAAGUUUACAUAAUUUUUUGUUAUAAAAUUCCAGUAUCUUUUUUAAACGUAACCUUCGUUCCAGUAAUACUUUCCAACUAUUUUUCCCCUCUCACCGUACUGGUUUCGCUUCAAAUUCUUUUCAUUCUUACAUUCUUCCUCCAUUCUUCACGACUCUGGAACGCGCUUUCUGAUGCCAUUAAGAAACUAUCGACUAAACCGUCUUUCAAAAAAAAAACCGUUCAUACUCACUUUUUUACUUUAUCCGAGCAGUGAGUUCUUUAUAUUAUUCUCAAUUUCGUGUUUAAUAUAGUAUAUGUUAUAUAUGUGUAAGUAUAUUUGUUAUUUAUAUAUAUUUAUUCGUUUAUAUAUGUAAUUUUAGUAUGUAUAUAUAUAUCAAUAAUUAGUAGUACCGCAUUCGAAUAUUCUGACACUUCCCUAUGAUUGACUGGGAGAGAAUGCUUUUAGCAUUAAGUCUGCCAUGUGCACAUAUAUGUACUAAUGAAUAAAUAAAUAAAUACAUUUAAAUAAUGAAUGUAGAAACAGAAAUCAAUGAUAAAUGUAUACGUUUUAGUAUAGCAUUAUACCAAAAAUUGUUCAAACACGAAAUAAACUUUAUAUUUUAUCAA